UUUUGGCACGAACAAACCAGUGAUGGAAAUAACUCUGAGUAAAUAAGAGGAUAACAGCGCCGAAAGGAAACACGUUGUCUGAAAUUAGGGACACGUGCAAUUUUCUGAAUCAAAAAAUAAAAGCAUAUAGAACUUCGUUUGUGUGCGCAUUAGAUUAGAUAACUGAAUGAUGUACACUUACGCGUGCCUGGAGAAUACGCAUGCGUAAUAGUGAAACGGAAUAUUUAGUAAAUGACAGAAAUCAAUCUGAUUCAAAUUAUCGGCGACAUAAUAAAGUCGUGGAUAUUAUAAAAGGUGAUUGCGUAAGUGACAAAACUGUGCAAAAAGCAAUCGAGGUAUUCGUUGAUAUCAAAAACGCGCUUGGAUAAGUGAUAAAACUAAUUUUACCGAAAAGAAAGAAGAAAACGUUGGAAAAAUGCAUUACGACGAAAUCCUUCAACAGAUUGGAAGUUUUGGGUUCUACCAAAAGCGGGUGUAUUCCAUGUUGGCUUUCCCGUGCAUGAGUGUUGGGGCGCUCAUGUUUGUAGCCUACGUCGUGCUGAAUACGCCCAAACAUAGGUGUAAAAUACCACUUUACGAAAAUGACACGUUUGAAGUCCAAGACGAACGCCAUGCCAGACUGAUCAACUUCACAAUCCCUCCCUCAGACGACCCACUACUUGUAUACGACAAAUGCCAAGUAUAUGACGUCACAAAUGUUACGUCACUUGAAGGUUACAGUCAACUUGAUAAUACGAGACUGGUCAAAUGCAGCGAAUGGGUUUACGACAAAAGCGUUUUCUACGAUACGUUUACGUCUGUGAACAACAUUGUUUGCGAGGACGCAUUGAAGACGUCUCACAUCCAGAUGUUCUUUUUUGUCGGCGUGUUCGCAGGAUCGCUCAUUUCUGGCCUAAUUUCAGACAGGUUUGGACGUACUUUCAACACGUGCCUAUGUUUUUCGUUAACGUUUGUAUUCGCCGUCGCCGUCACGUUCUCGCCCGGAUUUUACACGUUUGCAACUGGGCAGUUCUUUAUUGGAGCAUGCGCAAUGGGAGGGUUUACAUCAAUAACCAUACAUAGCAUGGAGAUGGUUGGCCCCGAAAAACGUCUAUGGACCGGAAUGCUGGUUGAGAUAUUCUUCCCGAUCGGGACCUGCUUUCUGGCGCUCAUGGCCUACCUGAUCCGGUCCUGGCAGUGGACAAAUCUUGCCAUUGCAAUACCCAUGGUGUUCUAUCUGUCGUUUUGGUGGAUCAUCCCGGAAUCCCCACGUUGGCUUAUCAGUAAAUCGCGGAAAAAAGAAGCUCUCAAGAUAAUUCAGACUGCCGCCAAGGUGAACAGCCGACAGGCUCCUGACGACGUCAGUUACAUCACCGGCACAUCUCUGUCAAGUAACCAAGGCAACAUGUGGCACGUGCUUAGGAGCCCCGUGCUUCUGCGAAGAUGGUUGAUAUUGUGCUUCACUUGGAUGGUGGUCAGCAUGACUUAUUACGGAGUGACCAUGAACGCUGGAAACAUAGGAGGGAAUUUCUACCUGAAUUUUUUCCUCAUGGGUCUGGUGGAAAUCCCGGGGGUCAUGUUCGCCAUGCUGAUACUAGACAGAUUGGGGCGGCGAUGGUCUAACGCUGGUACCAUGAUCGCUGGCGGAGUGGCCUGCCUGUCAACGAUACCGACCGCACUAUUAGGAAGUCCUAGCCUCCAACCUCUGACGAUCACCCUAGCGCUGGUCGGAAAGGCGUCGGCGGCGGCGGCGUUCGCAAUCGUGUACAUGUUUACGGCAGAGAUCCUACCGACGAUGGUCAGAAACGUUGGCUUGGGUACCUGCUCAUGCGCGGCCAGGAUCGGCGGGAUGUUAGCACCAUAUAUCGCCAAAUCUGGCGAGUUAAUCGGCGGAAAGUUCGGCAAGGUGGAGCCACUGGUGAUAUUCGGCGCCCUGUCCGUGAUCGCCGGCCUCAUGCUGCUUCUACUCCCAGAGACCCUCGGCCAGCAACUUCCGGAUACCAUCAAGGACGGGGAGAUGUUUGGGCGAAAAAAGAACAAGCAAUCCAAUAUUGAAACUGAAGUUGCAUCUCCUUUUAUAGAAAGCCGCCAAUAAUAUUUGGACUCAUUGCAUUUUUAACACGCAUGCGCGCAGAUAGUCUUAAGACCGCAAACUCCAAAGAACUACUUCUAUUCAUGUCGUUUUAACCCAUUUGUUUGUGUCAAUGCGCUCUAUGUUUAGCAGAAUGACAUCGAAACCAUAAAAAUAGAUUGGUUGUAUUGCAGUCCGAGUAUGAGUUUUUGCUUGUUCGGCUAUUUCCGCGCUGUAAUUCUGUAUCCCGGAGUUUUAUUUUUAGCAGGAUAUAACUAUUUUUAGAUCGCUAUAUGUAUCAGAUAAUUGUGGGUCAAAAUAAUGGAGGCUCCGGUAGGAAGAUAAAAUGAUAUUCACUCUGAGUUUAGCCCAUGAUGUUCCAGAAAUUAUUACCGACCGCAAGUGUCCCAUCGUCUGCAGGGUUUGUUAUUAUAACCUGACGUGACCCUGAAGCAUGCUUAUUUGUAAUGGUGCAUUUUUUAUUUGACUUUUAUGAGAUAAGAAACGAAAUAAUUGUCUGAGUGUCAAAAUAGUUGUAUCUCAGGUUUCGCAGUGCUAAUGCUUCAAAUACUAUAAUUUACCUGCUACACAAUAACAAGAUUCUAUUCAUUCUAUGAUUUUAGGCGUUUAUAUUUCUAAUGAGAUGUUUUCAUUUUUUAUUUUAUUUUUGCAUAAAAGCUUCGUUCCGGUGUAUUCUUGGCAUAGUUUUAGACAUUAGGCUUUCAAUUUAUAUAAGCACACAUGCCCUGAUACGACAGUGAGUCAUGCAUACGUUUGGUCAAGCAAAGUAGUUCGGAUUAAACCUGUUAAACAUCCAAAGAGUACGAAGCGUUCAAAACAGCACCAGUGCUAUUUCUACGUACUUACAUAAAACAUUAAUUACAUUAAAAUGAUCAAUAAACUUUUAAAAGCACAAUGAUAUUCUCAUUCAUAGAACAGACAAGUUCCGAUAAUCUAAAAAUAGUUUCAACUACAUUAACUGACCGAUAUUCUAAACAUAGUUUCUACAUACAUUUACUGACCACAUGUUUGUCCUCACCGCGGGAAAACGACCAUCUGAUAAGCUCUGCAUUUUCAAAGGAAUUAUUGCUAAAGUUGUUCGUAAAAUAAAAUCAUUUUCCUUAGACAAUUAAAACGUUGUUCAUAAACCUUGCCUAUCGUAUGAUAUCUACUGGCUAAGGUCACAAAUCCGAACACUUUUUGAGUUUUUUCACAAUUAUCUUGGAGUGUUUUUGUUGCAGUAAGUUAAAAUUGCGUAUGAAACAUCUUUGGUUAAUGUGACAACAGCUGUCAAAGUACAGAUUCACGAUCUCAUCAAUUUUAUGUCGAAAAUCGUUCAUUUUAUGGACAGUAAAUCACCCUUAAAUUUAUGCUAUGGAGGGCACAAAUACCGAACACUUUCAAAGCGAAUAUACAUGGUCAUACAAUUAUAAUUAAUAAGUAUGCUAUAUUAGAUAAACACUUAGCUGCAAAGUUAUUUAUUGUUUCCGAUGUUUUUUUAAAACAUGCAAUUCAACUGUAAAGCUUGAUUUCUAUAUAUAAAUAUCUUAAAUGUAGGUCAACAUAACUGCAAAACAUAAAGAUGCGCGUUCCCCCUCUGACGUCAUUCCCCCAUGUGCUACUUUUUGAUCUUUAAGCGUAUAAACAUUAAAUGGCAUUUUUUAGAAAAAUACUUAACAAAACAAGAUGAAACUUCGCAAGUGUGACCAAGGCAAGACUCUGUAUUGAUCUAGAUCAUCGAAUAAUCGACCAAGGUAAACAAACGCGUGUUUUAGCCGGUGUUCGGGAUUUGUGCCCUGUUCGGAAAUAUACCGUAAACCAGUAAUCAAAGCACCGAAAUACCUUUAGAAACGAUUGAAAGGGGCAUGCAUUAUAACUUCAAAUAUAUGGGGAUGGGGGAUACGUCGACUGAAGUGAUAAGCUGUGCAAUUGGAAGGAAAUUAUUGCUGAAGUUGGUUUUAAACAAAUGAUUUUCCUUAAACAAAACGUGUAUGCUCAAAAAAGGAAAUGGUAUAUAUGAUGUAUUAUACUUUCCUAUCGUAUGAUAUUUAAUCAAAGCAACGAAUAAACCUUUAGAAACGAUUGAAAGGGGCAUGCAUUGUAACAUGAAAUACAUGGGGAUGGGGGGUUACGACGUUUAACAAGUGAACAAGUGACAUUUACAUAUACAAAAUGACACCAGACGCCAUAAAAUAGAUACUGAAUAGAUGUUUGUUUCCUCGCCCAAUCUGGGCACAAGCUCUCUUGAACCUUGGCACAGUUUUCACUUUUAUCUAUGUGCCCUUCACCCAUUCCCAUUGUUCAAAUAAAAUUUGCAACUCUACCAUAUUUGCCUGCAGAUAGUCUUUCAGCGCAUCGCGCUUUGAUUUGUGUUUGAGUUAAGGCAGCUUAGUUCACAUUUUAUAAAUAGUUUGUUUGGUUUCAUAAAAACAGCUUUAGGUGCGUGUAAAAAGGGUUUCUUGGGUGUUUAGGUCACAUUUAUAAAUAGUUUAUUUGGUUUCAUAAAAACAUCUUUAGGUGCGUGUAGGAAGGGUUUCUUGGGUGUUUAGGUCACAUUUAUAAAUAGUUUAUUUGGUUUCAUAAAAACAUCUUUAGGUGCGUGUAAAAAGGGUUUCUUGGGUGUUUAGGUCACAUUUAUAAAUAGUUUAUUUGGUUUCAUAAAAACAUCUUUAGGUGCGUGUAGGAGGGGUUUCUAUGGUGUUUAGGUCACAUUUAUAAAUAGUUUAUUUGGUUUCAUAAAAACAUCUUUAGGUGCGUGUAUAAAGGGUUUCUUGGGUGUUUAGGUCACAUUUAUAAAUAGUUUAUUUGGUUUCAUAAAAACAUCUUUAGGUGCGUGUAGGAAGGGUUUCUUGGGUGUUUAGGUCACAUUUAUAAAUAGUUUAUUUGGUUUCAUAAAAACAUCUUUAGGUGCGUGUAGGAAGGGUUUCUUGGGUGUUUAGGUCACAUUUAUAAAUAGUUUAUUUGGUUUCAUAAAAACAUCUUUAGGUGCGUGUAAAAAGGGUUUCUUGGGUGUUUAGGUCACAUUUAUAAAUAGUUUAUUUGGUUUCAUAAAAACAUCUUUAGGUGCGUGUAAAAAGGGUUUCUUGGGUGUUUAGGUCACAUUUAUAAAUAGUUUAUUUGGUUUCAUAAAAACAUCUUUAGGUGCGUGUUAAAAGGGUUUCUUGGGUGUUUAGGUCACAUUUAUAAAUAGUUUAUUUGGUUUCAUAAAAACAUCUUUAGGUGCGUGUAGGAAGGGUUUCUUGGGUGUUUAGGUCACAUUUAUAAAUAGUUUAUUUGGUUUCAUAAAAACAUCUUUAGGUGCGUGUAAAAAGGGUUUCUUGGGUGUUUAGGUCACAUUUAUAAAUAGUUUAUUUGGUUUCAUAAAAACAUCUUUAGGUGCGUGUAAAAAGGGUUUCUUGGGUGUUUAGGUCACAUUUAUAAAUAGUUUAUUUGGUUUCAUAAAAACAUCUUUAGGUGCGUGUUAAAAGGGUUUCUUGGGUGUUGAGGUCACAUUUAUAAAUAGUUUAUUUGGUUUCAUAAAAACAUCUUUAGGUGCGUGUAGAAAGUGUUUCUUUGGUGUUUAGGUCACAUUUAUAAAUAGUUUAUUUGGUAUCAUAAAAACAUCUUUAUGUGCGUGUAGAAAGGGUUUCUUGGAUGUUUAGGUCACAUUUAUAAAUAGUUUAUUUGGUUUCAUAAAAACAUCUUUAGGUGCGUGUAGAAAGGGUUUCUUGGGUGUUUAGAUCACAUUUAUAUUUUUUUUUGUUUGGUUUCAUAAAAACCUUAAGGUGCGGGUAGGAAGGGUUUCUUGGGUGUUUAGGUCACAUUUAUAAAUAGUUUAUUUGGUUUCAUAAAAACAUCUUUAGGUGCGUGUAGAAAGGGUUUCUUGGGUGGUUAAGGUCACAUUUAAAACUUGUUUGUUUGGUUUCAUAAAAAACAUCUUGAAUGCGGGUAGUAACGGUUUCUUGGGUGUUGUUUUUUCCGUUCUAGUAGACAUGUGAACUCUGCCGGCGGUAGGAAAAAAGUCAGUUCUAGUAGACAUGUGAACUCUGCCGGCGGUAGGAAAAAAGUCAGUUCUAGUAGACAUGUCAACUCUACUGGCGGUAGGUAAAAUCUACCGCUUUUGAGACUCCCUUACCGCUCGCUCUACUGACGAAAUAUACCCCUUUUGUAAACAGUAAAAUAUAAACUUCAUAACUCCCCUUACUUUCGUUAAGAAAAAUGAACUCCCUUUUGGUUGCAGGUUUGAUUGUGAGUCAGUCAGGAAAACAUUUAAGAAAUUAUUUAUUUUGUGUGGCCUAACAAUGUUUUAGUACGUAAAUUUUUAGAGUAGAUUUUUAUCAUAGUUAACACGUUGUGCUUAUUGUAAAUUUUGCACGUAAUUUUAAUGGUGCUGGGUUAUUUAUUAUAGAAAUGCUCAAUUAAAUUUGUUCCCAUGGAAUAAUGCUAAUACAAUUUUAAAUACUGUGUAUUUGCAGUUUAUGCGUGUAAUGUUAACAUUGUAUAUGUGUAGUUUUAAAUAAAUGACACUUUAUGUUCAAUAUUAGAUCAGUUAUACUGUAUGUAUUCAAUGUUAAAUAAGUGACAUUAUAGGUAUGUGCUGUUAAAUAAGUCAUACUAUAUGCAUGCAAUGUUGAAUAAGACAUUGUAUGCAUAUAAUGUUGACUAAGUGAAAUCGUAUGCAUAUAUCGUUAAAUAAGAGACAUUGUAUGCAUGUAAGUGACAUUAUAUGUAUGUUAUGUUACAUAAGUGACAUUGUAUGCAUGUAAGUGACAUUAUAUGUAUGUUAUGUUACAUAAGUGACAUCGUAUGCAUGUAAGUGACAUUAUAUGUAUGUUAUGUUACAUAAGUGACAUCGUAUGCAUGUAAGUGACAUUAUAUGUAUGUGAUGUUACAUAAGUGACAUCGUAUGCAUGUAAGUGACAUUAUAUGUAUGUUAUGUUACAUAAGUGACAUCGUAUGCAUGUAAGUGACAUUAUAUGUAUGUUAUGUUACAUAAGUGACAUUGUAUGCAUGUAAGUGACAUAGUUUGUAUAUCCUGUUACAUAAGUGACAUUUUAUGCAUGAUAUGCUUAAUAAGUGACAUUGUAUGUAUGUAAUGUUAAAUAAGUGACAUUCUAUGCCAUGAGUCUAUGUAUAGAAAUAUGGUUGUAACAUUUUGCUUAGUUUGUGAUUUUUGAAUAGUGGAUAAUAUGAAAUUGAUAAGUUCCGACUUCCAAAACAUAUCACAUUCACAUAGAAAUAUAUACGUUAUAAUUGUCAAAAGGCAAUAAAACAUUGAAACAUU